AAGUGAGCGAGGAGAAGAGCUGCACAGAGACGCAGAGACGGAGGCCGAGCAGGCGAGCGCCGAGCGAGGGACGAGACAAGGCAGGGCGAGAGACAAGAGGGCGGUGCUUGAGUUAAUCCCGCCAACGAGCGUAAGUGAUGCGUCAGAGUGAGUCCCGGGUGGCCGCCUUGCUGGUGCCACCGCUGCGCCGCCUGGCACUCCUUGAUGAUGCCUCGCCCUGCCUCCUCACCAGUGCCUUAAAUAUUGUCACCGAUCCCGCGGCUUUGUCUCCGUCCGAGCCCUCCCCCUUGCCCUGCUGCGCCCUGGCGUCCGUCCUCGUAGGGUGUGACAGGCUGGGAGAGCGUCGAGGAGGCCGCGUGUUAUCGUCGUGUUAUCAUGCAAGGGGGCGGCUGGGGGGCAAGUGAUGGUGGGCGGCAGGUUGUUACCAGCAGUGUUGGCUUACUGUGGGUGGGGAGGUGGCCCUCAGUGUCGUCACGGCCCGCCAGUGUACACACGACUCUACUCACCGCAGCAGCGUCGUCACGGACUGCACCCGUGCCGUGACAUAGGCUCGUGCUGUGCUUUUGUGGCGUGACCCUGCGGUGCUACGUGGUCGUGCCCGGAUCUCAUUGUGUUGUGUGCCUAUGCUAUGGCGUGUGUGGGGUAAGCUCGGUCGGGCCAGCAACCAGUACCACCGGUCCUGUGGGAAUGUGUGCCAUAUCCUGCUGGCUCCUUGCGCCCGCGUCCACACGGCCACUUUGCACUCUGUCUCUUGCGUUGAACUAGUGAACAACUUGUGAACAUGCGUCGAGUUUUUCUUGUGAUAAAAUCUCCUCCAGAGGUUUCUGUCGGCAAGUAUGAUCUUGCUAAGUGUGUGUGAAGUCGCAGGAGUAGUUUUGGUGUCUUAAACUCUUCAACCACGAGUUAAAAUGAGUAGCGCGCGUGCAAAUAUACGUGCACGGGCGGCAAGGGCCUGCACCGUGCUAGCCGAGGCAGGCGAGCGUACCUAUGGGCGUGUUGCGGGCGCGACGAGGGCGCCCUUCAGCACUGCGGCGGCAAAUUUACGUCUGCUCAGCAAAAUCCAUGUAAAGUUACCCCGACCUACCCUCUCAGGGGCCAAGAAGCGGUCGCCGCCCGUGGGUGCGGAACAGCCACAGGCGCCCACGCCCACCACCAGCGCUGACCUCGCCCCCACGCCCGUGCCUGGCUCUCGUCCCAGCCGCCUGACCGGAGCCCAGCUGAUGUCAAGGGGCCGCAGUGCCCUCAGGGGCGGACUGAGGGCGGCAGCGAAGGCGGCAAGGAAGCCGCCAAGGGCGGCCCUUGGGGUGGUGCGGGCGGUGGCGCGCCGGAAAAAGGGCGAACCUUCGGCCCAACAGGAUUCUCCAGGAGAGCCUUCGUCCAGCACGAUUGUGACAACAGAUCGAGACAUUAUGAAGAAAGAGCUGAAGAAGGUGACCCGUGAGAGGGAUGAUGCCGUGAGUCGUCUCAAUGCUGUAAGUCAGUCGGACCAGCCUGCUAACUAUGGAACUUUAGGCAAACAUGGAGUUUCAGUGAGUGACAAAAGCUUAUCAACACCUCGAGAUUAUGAGUCCAUCAAACUGCAGUGUGAAAAAGCUAUGGCUGAGGUCCAGGGACUCCUGAAGCAAAAUGUAGAUUUGACAAGGAAGUAUGAGAACUGCAUGAAAGAAGUUGACUACUACAAAAAGCAGGAAAGAGCUGCUUAUACUGCUUUACAGAAUUUGAGAAUGCAAUAUGAAGAGGUUGUGGCAGAGAAACAAAAAUUGGAGCGUGAGGUCACUUCAUUGCAAACGAUAAUGGAAGACGAUCGAAAAGAGAUCGCUGACCUUCGGCGGCAACAGCAGGAAGCUAUGUCACAAGAAGGAUCAGGAGAGGCCAUCAACCAGCUAUACAUGACCACCAUGCGCAAGUAUGAAGCCAUCAAGGAUGAAUAUGACUCAAUUAGAAAGAGGUACUCGGAUCUUGUUGCCUCACAUUCCAACAACAUUUCUAAACUGGAACUCACACAGGAAGAGGUAUCUCGCUUGAAGAAGCAGUAUGAUGAAGUUUUGCGUGAGUGUAAUGAGGCAGUGCGAGAGAAGAACUGCCUCAAACAGCAGUGUACCAAAGCAAUCACAGAAUGGGAUUCUGCACUCAGGGAGAAGAACAAACUGCAGGAAGAACUGCUCAAGAUUCGUGAGAAGUAUGAUGAGAUGAUGAAGGAGAUGAACACACAUUUGAUGCAGAGACAGCAUCUAAACAAAGAUCUCAAAAGAUUACAGACACCUAGGGAAAUUUGUGUACUUAGACCCAAUGGCUCUUGGUACAUUUACUGUCUACUGUGGGUGUUUUAUUAG